CUUCCUCUUCUCCUGGACUAUCACCCCCAACUUCACAGGUUUACCAAAAUCCUUGCGAUUUGACCCCCAGUUCUUAAUUCUUGCAGCCUCUAAAAUAACUUGAGAUUUCAACCGUUACAUGCUGAGCAGCUAAGUAAUCCAGUUCUGUGCUCAAGCCCAGGAAAGGAAAUGCUACCGGCUAAAACCUGUCGAAUUUCUGGCUCUGUGACAAGGCUGCCGAGGCGUCCCGAAGGCAGCACCCACCAGCACCCUGCGGGACGGCUGCUUCGGCGCCCCGGCAGCGCUGAAGUGGCCGCAGGCAGUGCAAAGCGCUCUGUCGCAGAGCGCAGCCGCCUCGGUGCAUGUCCGGAGUUUCCAAUCACAAAUAGCAACAGACUCUGAAGGGAUGUGCAGGCGGCUACUGCUUGAUUAAUGCGCGUGGCAUCUGUUAUUUCAGAGGGGCAAUUACGAUAUAUAAACACGCUACCUCCAUAGCACCGUAUUGAUUUGUGCUGGCUGAAAACCUUUGCGGUUAUUUUUUCCUUUCUCCUCCCACAAAAAAAAAAAAAAUAAUAAUAAUAAUAAUAAUUUUCUUCUGAGCCCAAUAAAACAGAAGAUCUCGUUGGUUCUGUGUCAUAACAGUACUACUGCAUUCUGCGAGGAACCAGGCAUCCUGCAUCCGGCCAUGAAAUUCAGUGCUUCCCAGCGAUUUUUAGCCCAAAGGCUGGUGGACAGGCAACCACGGAAAGCAUCUGGUUCACCAGCGGUCUGUUGACCAUUCCCUGGGGACGGCAGAGACGCCCUGGCAGGCACAGGGGGCUCCUUCCGCCCUGCACUCACACCCCUGGAUGUAGGCACGCUCUGGGCCAGAUCCUCAGGUAAAACUCAGCUGACGUUCCCUUCAUUGUAUAGAAGCACCAGCACUAGAGACAGAAGCUGGCCUUGGAUGUCCAACCCAAGAAAGUCGGUGAGAGACGGCAAAAGACUACUUCAAGCUGCCAAGGAAGGAUGUGGGCUUAUACUGUUGGUUUUACUGUCCUGCCUCAUGUUGGAGGUUUCCUUGGCUGGUUCUUUAAUCGGAAGGAAAUACCUGUUUGGUAUGAGAAGCUGAAAAAGCCUUCGUGGUGUCCAUCCCGCAAAGUAUUUCCUGUUGCUUGGACAGUCCUGUACACUGGCAUGGGCUAUGCCUCCUACCUGAUCUGGAAUGACCUGGGCGGCUGCAGCAGCAAAGCUGUCAUCCCGCUCGGCCUCUACGGGGCUCAGCUGGCCUUGAACUGGGCUUGGCCGCCCUUCUUCUUCGGUGCACGCAACCUGAAGAUGGCACUGAUUGACAUCCUGUGCUUAGACAGCCUGGCGAUAGGCAUGAUGUGCUCCUGGUACCGCAUCAACAAGGUAGCGACGCUGCUGAUGGUGCCUUACCUGGGCUGGCUGGCCAUGGCGACUUGUCUCACCAUUCGCAUCUGGAAGGACAACCCUGAGCAAAAACCAGGAAAGAGCGAAUAAGAGCAGGACAGAAAUGAAGGCAUUUUGUGAAACCAAACUAUGCUGAUGUGAACGAAGAUCUAAUCAUUUGGGGCAUUCAUUCUGGGACAUGCCUCCUCCUCCCACCUUCACCAUGGUUGUAUAAAACAAAGGUUUGCACCAAACACCUGUGUGCUCCUGUACAAUAACCACGUCUUUGAGAACUUUUUUCCCCACCACUGUUGAGGUUUUGGGGCUGCAGCUGUAUGAUGACCAUAACGCUAUCAGGUCAAAUUCCAUUAGCCAAAUUAGCAUCUCAUGAUACCAGGGAAAUUCAGAGUAGCAGUCCCGGACAUCCUUCUGCACCGCUACCAUUCCCCCAGAGAGCUGAACUUGUUCACACAUGCGGGUAAAUCCUAUCUCCUCUUCUGGACCAAACAAAAAUGCCCUUCACUGAUGCACACCAAUUUUAAAGGACUUGAGUUUUUGCUAUUCUUGCUGUUGCUUCGUUUUCAUGUAUCACCUGGUUUGUGCUCUAUACCAUUAGCUUUUUAUCUGUCAGAUACUGAGCAAGCAGUAAUCUGUCUUGCUCUGCUAGUGAAAGGGGACUUGGUACUUUGACUUCUAUUUGUGGAGCAUUGCACUUGUUGAGUUUCACGCUCCAAGAUAAAGGAGCAAUGAUUAGAAUGUAAAUGCUAGUCCCAGAGGAAAUCUCCGCCACCUCUGUGCACUAUUCCUUACCAGAAAAGAAAGACUAAUACGAGUGCCUUUGGGGGGGAACACCUUAAAAUGUUUGUUUUCUUAAGUACAGAAACACACGAGCUUUUUUAAAAUUCAGGAACUUGCUCACACUGCCCUGAAGGCUGUAAUUAUAUGACUGGCAAAAAGUCACAUGCCCACGCUGUAGGAGGCAGUACAGGUACCUCAGCCCAGUCUUUCCACUCCUGAAUAUUAUUCAGCAUGAAAGGUUAAAAUACAAGCAUUUCUAGAGAAAUAGGACCAAGCCAUGAAACAGAAUCAGAUAUGAAAUGUGAAUGGACUAGCCCUUUUCUAUCCUUUAGUCUGGUCCUUGCAUUUGAGAGAUCUGAACCUUAGAUGUUGCCAUCUAAGGAAAUAUUUACUAUUAUUUUUUUAAUCAGUAGAAGCGAUGUAUGUGAAGAAAAGUGGCAAGUGAAUCCUCUUUCUGGCAGCUGACUAGAUUAAGGUGCGUGGGUUAACUUGCAAAGGGUUGGGGGUAGGGAGGCUUAGCUGGGGAUGUAAAAAAAUGUAUUUGCUUUCAAUAAAACCAAGCCACUUCUGUUUGGGAAAAUAAAUAAA